CCCUGAGACAACACGUCCCACGCCAGAGCCAGACAGCCAGGGGAACUUUGAUUUGACGCCAAGUGCGAUGAAAAUGACGAUGAAGCGAAGCGGCCACGUUUCUUCUCGGGAGGCUUAGAUAUGUCGGGCGUCUAGAACAUAUGAUGUCCUUGGACUUGUGCUCAAUGAAGAUUUAUUUCUCUGUUAUUUCUCUCCUCAAUCGCUGAUGGUGCCGCUUCAUUGUGACUGCACUUGGGUCAGCCGAAUGAAUUUGAAGGUAGUCUGAGCGCAUUGUUUCCAGCUCCGUUGCAUAUGGGAUUUCCAGCCGUUAUGUCUGCAAUAUUUCGCUCUUUGUUUCUGGUGCUAUUCAGCCUGUCAGUAGGUGCCCAGACGGAGAUGAAAAGGGUUGUGGGGGACAACGCCACCCUACCGUGCCACCAUCAGUUCUGGCAGUCCAACUCGCAGUCCCUCGACAUCGAGUGGCUACUGCAGAAACCAAACUCCAAACAAAGAGUGAUCAUUACAUUCUUCGGGGGCCAGGUGUACACCAACGAGGUGACCGGCAGCGAGGCCAGCCGCCUGUCCUUCGCUGGGGAGUACCUGAAUGGUGACGCCUCCCUGCUCAUCAGUGACCUGCUGCUGACCGACUCUGGGGAGUACUACUGUAAAGUCAAGACUGGAGGAAAGUACCACUGGAGCCAGGUCAACCUCAUCGUGCUGGUCAAGCCUUCAAAGCCAAGGUGCUGGAUGGAUGGCAAACUCCUGGAGGGCAGUGACGUCAAGCUGAGCUGCAAGUCCAGUGAUGGCUCAGACCCCAUCAGCUACAAGUGGGAGCGAGUGUUGGACAAGGGCAAGAGUCUGGGCAAAUUGCCAAACCUGGCACUGAUAGAUUUGAAGAAUCCAGAAAUUGUGACUCUGAGGAAUCUGACCAUGGACAGCACAGGUGUCUACAAGUGCACAGCAAGCAAUGACGUGGGCGAGGAAAACUGCAUCAUCGAGGUCACCAUGCAGCAUGUGAGAGAUGUAGGUAUGGUAGCCGGUGCAGUGGUGGGAAUAUCCCUCGGUGUCCUCAUUGUCAUAUUAAUCAUCUGGCUCGUCUUCCGAAAGAAGGAGAAAAAGAAGUAUGAGGAGGAAGAGACUCCAAAUGAAAUCAGGGAGGACGCAGAGGCUCCUAAGGCCAAGCUAGUGAAGCCCAACUCCCUGUCUUCAUCCCGUUCUGGCAGUUCGCGCUCCGGUGCCUCGUCCACUCAGUCCAUGGUGCACAACAGCGCCCAGCGUGGUCACCGCCCUCGCCCACCUGCUGUGGCAGCUCUCAAGGAAAAUGGACAGCCUCCAGGCUUCCCCCAGUCCCCCCCGGCCUACACUGCAGUGGUGGCCCCCAAGACCCCUGAGCCCCCUGCCACUCCCAAAUUCAACUCCAGGAACAUGUCUGGGCCCACACCACCAACCCUCAUGGUCCCUGCCCAAACCAAGGCCUUUCAAACUGUGUAGGACUGAAGCGCCACCCCCUUCCUGCAGCCAUGUGAGACUCCUAUCCCUGCCCAAUCCCCCCACCCCCCUUCCCAAAGACUAAGACUCUUCCAUAAACAAAGAAAUGCAACUAGUAAAAAGGAUGUAAUUAAAAGAAUCAAUACUCUAAGUCCAAAAGUACUUUUAAUGAAUGCAUACUUAAAAAGGGAAAAUAAGACAUGCUUGCCCCCUACUGAAUUACAUAAAACAAAACAAAAAAAAAAAAAAACAAAAAAAAAAAAACAAGACCGAGACACGACACUGUUUGUGUCUCUUGGCUAAAGGCAGAACUUAUUUUCUGAGUUCCUUCUUUCAACUUUGGAAGGCACAAGGAAGCACCAUGUGCAGCGAGGUGGAAGGAGCCCCCGAGUAAAGCUUUUAUUUAUUUAUCAAAUCUGAGGGAUGGGCAUGCAGAGGAGGAAAGAGGGGGAAAAAAAAGGAAACAGCAAAGGCUGGACAAAAAAAGGUGAUUCAAAGUCUGGGCCAGGUACCAGUGGUACCAGUGCUGUUGAGCUUGUGUUGUCAGCAGAUAGAUACUGGCAAAGCUAAAACAAGAAGAGAAAACAUGAGAGUAAGACAGCUAGGUUAUUUUGUUUUUUGUUUUUUGUUUUUUGUUUUUGUUUUUUCGGGCUGAAGUGAGGACGACUUGCUGAUUCAUUUCACUGUGCCCCUCCCACUCGCUGCUUCCAGCACCUGCUCUGUAAACACAAAACCCCUUUGCCCCCCAUGGGUUGGGCAAACUGCCCGUCCAUGUGGACAGACCCAUUGCGCUGUGAGAUCAUCUGCCUCAAUGCACUCAGCCUCCCAUGCUCUCAUGAAGAAUCCACGACAAACCACAAUGGUCCUGAGUCUGACUCAGACAGCUCUCGAAUAGCUCAUCUGCUUUACCGCUCACAGCAGGCGAACCUUCAGCCGCAAGGUUGUAGCAUUGACAGUGUAGUCCUACCGAUGGAAUUGUGAAACCAUCCCACCCUGUCUAGAUCUAUGGACAUCCUUUUCUGGUACUGAAUAUCCUCCUUGAAUGAGUAAAUAGUAUGUAUUAGGCCUAUAAACAGUCAAUACUUUAAAUAUAGAGGAUAAGUAUCUAUUAGACCAGCUGGACUUGUUUUUUGUUUUGUUUUUUUUCUCCUGUUUCUCUUCUCUCUGAACAGGUUGUAAAGGGUGACAGACAGCUAUGUGUCCAUUCAUCCAUCUGAAGAAGUGCCACCAAUCCCUAGGAUGGGUUAUUCUUGCUUUUUUAUUGUUAUUCUUUUAUUUAACUGCUACCUUUCUGAAAUGUUAUACUGAAACCAAAAUCUGUCAAGAAACACCAUGAAUGUGUGUUAAUCAAAGAUGGUUGUUCCCAUUACUUUUAGCUUCCUAUAAAGGUCCUGAAUCGAUAUUUGAGCUAAGGCUUAAAAGAAUUGACCUUGAAGUUCAGUUUUGCAAUUACUACGCUUGAUUGAACAGAGGAAGCGGAAUGAUUCUAGAGACUUCAGUUGUAUAGUACGUGUAUGGUAUCGCUCUUGGUACUCUCCCUGGAUCUGUAACAAUGGAGUGGCACUCGAAUGCUGUCUCGCUGAAUCACUGGGUCCUGCUCAGUUAUUGGUCGAGCCGCGCUAUCAGCCAAUCCCCCCCUUUUGUCGUAUUCUCAGACAGACCCAGUGCAGUUUGAUUGAAAGUCGCUGAAA